UUCUUCAAAUUUCCUUCUUUGAAAAAAGUUAGUCCCAUUCAUUCGUUUUGAAAUUCUUCAAUGUUUCGAAAUCCCAAAUUAUCCGAUCGUCGGAUUCUUACUUUUCCGGCGGUUCAUCCAUGCUCUGCUAUUUCACCGGCCACUCUUUUGGCCUCCUUGAUCGAUCUUUGCCGUCAAAUAUGUAAUCACCAAACGAAAAGUUUCGUGACCCAGAAACGAAACGCCCGAGAAACCAUUCGACAAAUCGGAAUUUUAUUGAUAUUCUUUGAGGAACUUCGCGACAUGUCGUCCAAUCUUCCGGAUUCUGUUGUGCUUUGUUUUUCAGAGCUUCAUCUCACGUUUCAGAAAAUUUUGUUCUUGUUUGAAGAUUGCUCGCGUUCUAAUGCGAAGAUUUGGAUGUUAAUGAAGUCCCAAUUCGUGGCUACUCAGUUUUGGGUUUUGAUUCGAGCGCUCGCUACGGCUCUCGAUGUGUUGCCGUUGAGUCGGAUUGAUACGAGCGAUGAAGUGAAAGAGUUGGUGGAAUUAGUUGCGAAACAAGCAAGAAUUGCGAAGUUUGGGCUGGAUAAAGAUGAUGAAUUGACGGUGAAGCGUCUUCAAUCGAUUUUGCUGCAAUUUGACAAGGGGAUUGAGCCGGAUUUGACCGCCAUUAAAAGGGUUCUUAAUUACCUUGAGAUUCGAAGGUGGAGUGAUUGUAAUAAAGAGAUUAAAUUCUUGCAAGAGGAGAUUGAUUUUCAGUAUUCGGAUUUGAAAGAACGAGAUGUUCAAAUUUUGAGCAGUUUGGUGGGUUUUAUGAGUUACAGCAGAGUAACUCUGUUUGAAGCUUUGGAUUUUCGGGACAAAAAUCAAGCGGAAUUCAAAUGCAAUCCCGAGAUUCUUAGUUGUUUGAACCCAGAUGAUUUUCGAUGUCCAAUUUCUCUUGAACUUAUGAUUGAUCCGGUUACUGUUUCCACCGGACAGACUUACGAUCGAGCUUCGAUUCAAAAAUGGCUUUCCGCUGGAAAUUUCAUCUGUCCCAAAACUGGGGAGAGGCUCACAAGCUUAGAGCUGGUGCCAAAUUCGAGUGUCAAAAAGUUGAUUAAUCAAUUUUGUGCCGACAAUGGAAUUUCCUUGGCCAAAUUCAACGUACGAUCUCAUGACAUAACUCGAACUAUAAUUCCGGGGAGCUUGGCGGCUGCGGAAGCGAUCAAAUUCACUUCGGAGUUUCUUCUCCGGCGACUGGUUUUUGGAACGAGUACAGAAAAGAACAAGGCAGCAUAUGAGAUUCGUUUGUUGGCGAAAUCGAACAUCUUUAACCGGUCUUGUUUGAUUAAAGCUGGUGCAAUUCCACCAUUGUUGAAUCUUCUCUCGUCAUUCGAUAAAUCGACCCAAGAAAACGCCAUUGCUGCAAUUUUGAAGCUUUCAAAGCAUUCAACUGGUAAGAUUUUGGUGAUGGAAAAUGGAGGAUUACCGCCGAUUCUCUCUGUUUUAAAAUCCGGGUUUUGUUUAGAAUCUCGUCAAUUAGCCGCCGCCACAUUGUUCUACCUCUCAUCGGUAAAGGAAUACCGGAAACUAAUCGGCGAAAUUCCUGACGCCAUAGCAGGCCUAAUCGAUCUCGUCAAGGAAGGAACAACAUGUGGGAAAAAAAACGCAGUAGUUGCCAUCUUCGGGCUUUUACUCUGUCCCAAAAACAACAAAACCGUUCUUAAUUCCGGCGCCGUUCCAAUUCUUCUUGACAUAAUCGCCACCUCCAACAACAGCGAAUUGAUUUCCGAUUCCCUGGCAGUAAUAGCAGCAUUGGCUGAGAGUACAGAAGGAACCAACGCGAUUCUUCAAGCAUCAGCUCUGCCUCUGCUUAUAAAGACUUUGAAUUCGGAAAGUACAUUGGCCGGAAAAGAGUACUGCGUUUCGACUCUGCGUUCUCUGUGCAGCCACGGCGGCGAGGAGGUGGUGGCGGCACUGGCUGAUGAUCGAACCAUUGCAGGGUCGCUUUAUUCGGUUGUGACUGAGGGAAAUGCUGCGGCAGGGAAGAAGGCGCGGUGGUUGUUGAAGAUUUUGCAUAAGUUUAGGGAAAACGAUGUGGCGGUGAACACGGCGGCUGAUCAAGAACGAUCAGUUGAUGUUUGGUAGUUAUAUUAGGUUAGGAAAAAAAUUGAAUUACAAAUGAUUUGGAGAUUUGAAUUGUUUGUUGUUAAAAUUUUGAAAUUGAGCUCGGUUUUUAUAAGAGCUCGUUUGAUUUAGUUUGGAUUAGGAAAAUAUAAAAUAGUGUUUACAUUAUUAAAUACUUGUAUAUAGAAACCAUACUUUAUACUUAGAGAUAUAAUCUAUAGUUUGUGAAUGUGUACAAUAACAUCAUAUUCUUUUGUAAUGUAACGUCAAUGUGUAUUGGUUAUCUGUAA